AUGGGGAGAUCGUCGCCUCCAUUCCUCUAUGAGCGCCCGUCCGCCUACAAUUUCAAAGGUCCCACCGAUCGCGGGUUCAACCCAAGAGCCGUGACAGAGGCGAGCUGGAGUCGUCCAGCAGAAAAGCCCAAGAAAAAAGGACCAUUGGUGAACCUCAAUCGCCACCCUGAUACAUGGGGUUCUUUUAAUACGGUCAGCUCAUUUACACCGUUGAGCCACAAGACAAAGAAUCGAGUCAAGUAUGCACGGGCAACGCAGCUAGCUCUUCGGGUACUUACCCUUUUGGGAGCCCUUGGUUCCCUAUUUUGCUCUAUCGUUAUCAAAGGAGCUGCAGCGACUGUCAUCUGGAUCAUUCGCACCGGCCCCAUAGUCGCGAUCCUCCAUACAAUCUAUGGAAUCUACCAUAAUUCUAGAUCUGCUCUCGCGCGACCCGCCGGUUCUCAAGCCAGCUAUGGACUAUUCGCUUCCAUCCUGGAUCUGGGACUCAUUGCAUUUUAUGUGUUUACAGCGUUCAUGGCGUUUGGUGAAUGGAACUCCAACGCAUAUAACUGGAGUACUCUGUUCAACAACAGCGACAUGAUCAUCAAGAUUUCUGAAAGCACCUUCAUCUUGGCUCUCGCAAAUGGCGCAAUGCAUCUCGUGUCUCUUGCGAUAUCGAUUUUCCUUGCUAUUACCUUCCGGAAAAUCUCUCGCCUGCCACCUGAUAUGAAUCCACUUGAAGACAACCUAACUGCACGCCCGCGCAAGAGCCCCAAGGAAGCUGAAGUGGAAGAAAAACAUCUUAGUCAAUCAACUUUCAAUUCCACUGCCGAGGACCCGCUCAUCGGAUCUCCUCGCAGUGUACCAUUCAUGCAUACACGUGAACAGUCACUUGGUGGUGACUCCAAUCGUGGGUCUAUGGGCAUGGUCGAUGAGCAUCGACAUUCCCAACCCUUCUAUCAACACCGCCUAUCGCACUUGGAAUCCCCGACAGAGCCUUCCAGCCCCGAGAUGUUAUUCCAACACCCCGUGAGUCAGCCCUAUGACAUCACAUCACAGACACUUGUCCCGGAAUAUCGAAAUGUUGCCUCGCAUGCUCCUGAGAUCAUCAAUGCUACUGCUCACACGCGGAAUUUGUCGUCACGUACUGCCGAUCGAUCAGAUACCGUCAGCCCCUUGUCUGGUAACUGGGUGGCAUACUCUGAGCGGUCUCUAUCGCCAACGGGGGAUGAACAAGAUGCAAAUGAGAAUACUCUCCGCCAGUCCUCUUCUGUUUACAGCCGCCAAACUAACAAGACUCCUACAUCCACCGGUAAUGGUAUUCGAGACUGGUUUGCUUACGGUUCCAAGCCAGAGCCAAGCAUCGGAAGUGCCAUUCCAGAGGACGUCCGUGGAGAGUAUGCGUCGCUUGCCAUGCAUGAAUUCUACGGCCUUGAUGACAAUCAUCGUGAACAAGAUGUGGGCGAUCAGCGCAUGGAUAUCUUUCCCGAUCCAGCAGAGCACAACGACUUGGACGAUGAGCAUGAUGACUCGAUUCCAUUUAAUCCGCUCAUGCUCAACCCACCAACUCCGCAACCUAUUCUGACUGCGCAGCCCGAGAAUACCGAUCCUGUGCGACGUAUUGCUUUAAGUGACAAUCCAAAUCUAUCUUACAACGAGAAUGCACAGCCCAUCUCAGUGCCCCACGAAAGCCCCAUCCCUAGUUCGCCGAAGAGCCGAUUCUAUGGCGACCUAGACGUGGAUGGCAAGCCUGGAUUGGACACAACCCGCGAGCCAAGUGUUCAAAUGGCCCGCAAGCCCACCAAGCUGAUCAAGAAACGCAGCAGCAAGAUGUCUGCAUAUGAGGCGCUUAAGAAAAAUGACAGCGAUGAGGAAGAUGGAAACCUCUCAGCUAGGAUGGCUGCUUCGCCUCGCGCGACUGAAAGUGAUCGCAAGGGUCGUGUCGUGAGCAACACCGGCGCAGACACUGGCCGUCCAGGUGUGGCAGCUGGUGUUGGUGCCUCCUUGUCCUCAUAUGGGAGCUACAUCGCCGGUCUGGGCGUUGGCCGCCGCCGCGAUGUGAGUGGUAAAAUUGCCGAAGAAGGGCGCAGCGAUAACGUCCUCGAUGAGCAGCCCACCCAGGAGAAUAUCAGCCAGGGACAGACUCCUAACGCUUCCUCCUCUCGGGCAGCUGGAUGGGCUCGCUUUGCUGGACUUUGA